AUGAACGGAGCUGAGCGUGUGUGUCGCCCUUGUCGUUUUUUUACAGCAGCUCAAAGCAGCGUCCGGCAGCCCGAAACCUGCCCGAAAAUGAUCUUCAAACUCAUCCAUCUCCUCGGAGUGCUCGUCUGCGGCAGUCAAGCCGCCCUGCAGGUGUCUAUAUCCUUGAACAAAGUGGAGUUAAGUGUUGGAGAGUCCAAGUUCUUCAUCUGCACAGCUAUCGGCGAGCCAGUAAAGCUGGAGUGGUACAACCCCCAGGGCGAGCGCAUCAUGGCCUCUAGGCGAAUGGCGCUCCACACAGAAGGGUCCCGCUCCAAACUCAUUAUUUAUAACGCCAUCAUCGAAGAUGCGGGUAUCUACCGCUGCCAGGCCAGCGACGCCAGCGGUCACACCGAGGAGGCCUCAGUUGUGCUGGAGAUCUACCAGAGGUUGACAUUCCGGGAUGUUCAGUCACCGCAGGAGUUCCGCAGUGGUGAGACGGCAGAAGUGGUGUGUGACGUCAUAAGCUCUCCGGUGCCCGUGGUGGUGUGGUACUACCAGGACAGAGAGAUUACCGAGGAGCACCACAGCAGGUUCCAGGUGUUGCCAAACAACAACCUGCAGAUCCAUCAGGUGACCAAGGCUAACGAGGGCGUGUACCGCUGUGAAGCCAGCGUAGAGGCCCGCGGGGAGAUCGAUUUUGUGGACAUUGCGGUGGUGGUCAAUGUCCCUCCGGUGUUGUCAGUGUUCCAGCAGUCCUUCAAUGCCACAGCUGACUACCAGGAAUCUGUCACCUUUACUUGCACUACUACCGGAUCUCCGGACCCCGUGGUCACGUGGCACAGGAAAGGGCAGCAGCUGGAGCCAUCGGAGCAGUACAUUUUCAACAGGCUGGACGGUGGGCAUAGCAUGUUAACCAUCCGCAACAUCCGGCAGGGUGACGGAGGCACCUACUCCUGCAGGGCCACCAACAAGGCAGGAUCUCAAGAAAGAGAGCUCUUCCUUAAAGUGUUUGUCCAGCCCCAUAUCACCCAGCUGAAAAACGUGACAGCCGUAGAGGGCAGCGCUGCCAUGAUCUCCUGUGUGGCUGAGGGCGAGCCUCUGCCUGACAUUUCCUGGAGAAGAGCCAGCGACGGUCAGACCUUCGUGGAUGGAGACAAGAGCCAGGACGGGAGGUUUGAAGUCCGCGGCCGUCACGGCAAGUCUGUGCUGACCAUCAGCGGCGUGAGGCUCUCCGACUUGGGUCGAUUCGACUGCGAAGCGCUCAGCAGGAUCGGAGGUCAUCAGAAGAGCAUGUUUCUGGACAUCGAAUAUAUACCAAAGUUCCUGACCAACCACACCAUUUAUUAUUCAUGGGAGGGGAAUCCAGUGAACAUAAGCUGUGAUGUGAUGUCCAACCCACCUGCCACCAUGUUGUGGAGGAGAGAGCGCUUCACUAUCUCAACAGAGGGUACUGCCAACAUGCGAGUGCACAAUGCGGAGGGCAAGUCUGUACUGGAGGUGACUCCUAUGUCCGACAGAGACUUUGGCCGUUACAACUGCACAGCCAGGAACAACAUUGGAGUUCGAUACCAGGAGUUCAUUUUGGCCCAGGCAGAUGUGCCAUCAAAUCCAUACUCAGUUCGUCUGUCAGCUGUCUCCCAGCGCUUAGCAACCGUAACAUUUAUGAAGCCAGACUCUCAUGGAGGUGUUCCCAUCAGCUACUACCUGGUCCAGUACAAGGAGGUGGGCUCACAGGACUGGAGGGAUGUUAAGUCACACAGUGUCCAGACCACGGUGGUGCUGACAGGACUGGAGCCCAACACGACGUACGAGGUUCGAGUGGCGGCUGUCAACGGAAAGGGCCAGGGCGAGUUCAGCCACACAGAGUCCUUCCAGACUUUACCCAUCCGAGAGCCGAGUCCGCCGGCAGUCCACGGCCAGAGGGGAGUAGGCAAGGCCUACAGGCUGGGGCUGGUCAAGCAGGAUGAUGGAGGAAUGCCCAUUGUGGAGUAUAUAGUCAAGUAUAAAACUGAUAAAGAGGAACAGUGGAUGACCAAGCUUGUUCCUGGGGCGAAUGACUUUGCCAUGCUGCAGCCGCUUCAGUGGAACACGAGAUAUGAAGUGGAAAUCACAGCACGCAACGUAAAGGGUCUGUCGGAGCCCACCUUCUAUCAGUUCUUCAUGCCACAGAAACCCGACAUUACAGCAGAAUCCCUGUUCAGCGGCCUGGGGCUGGGGGCGGUGGUGGGUCUCGGCCUGGGAGCGCUGCUGCUGCUCCUCGUGCUGGUGGACGUCAGCUGCUUCUUCCUGCGUCACUGCGGCCUGCUCAUGUGCAUCACGCGCACGCUGUGCAGCAAGAAAACAGCCACCAGCGGCAAGGGCAAAGAAAUCGAGGAGGGGAAGGCUGCCUACCUGAAGCUACCGCUGAAGGAAGAAAACGGAAGAGAGGUUCUCAAGCCGGAUACGAUUGAAAUCAAAGUGCACAGCGACAACAGCAUCCACAUAAAGCCCGACGACAGCAAAGCGUAAAAGGGUCGGUCCUCCCGCCACCAAAAGAACAUUCGGAUCACAAGACCAAAACCCAGAGAAACUACAACACUGGAAAAUAGUGGAGUAAAAUACCAUAUCUGUUUAUAGCAAUGCCCCAGUGAAAGGCAUGUGUAAAUACAAAUAAUAGAGAGAAAAUAGAAAGGAAGAAAGUGUCAACCUUUUAGACACCCUGAGUGAUUAAUGUAUCAUGUUCUUAAAAACAUGGCAUCAGUGGAAAGCUCUUGUUGAUCAAUGAUUGUAUAUUAUUUUCUGCUUUUAUUUCUCACGCUACAUAAGUAUUAUUUCUUGGAUUAUGCUUUUUGUUUUGUUUAUUUGUCUGUUUUACACUCCACAUGAGAUUUUUUUUUCUUUUUAAAAGCAAAUGCAUGGGCGGACCCUCACUGCAGGACAUCACAGUGAUUUAAGCCUGUUUCCAUGCCUGAGUGCUACUCUACGACAUCCUUUUCAUGCCUGCGUUAGCCGAGCUAGGUGCCCAGCUAAUCAGAGGCAGACGCCGAGUCAUUGCGCUUCAAGUUAGCAGGCUUUACUAGCACGCGCUAAACAGGUUUUUUUUAUAAGAUCUGAAGCUUUAUCGUUUAAAGAAAACAUUAUUAAAGGCUCUUCUGUGAUGCAUUUGUUUCUAGCUGAAACUGUAUUAAUUUUUCCUGAAGAUUUGGACUUAAUAUUUGAUUUAUUUUGUUUUCCGAGGGGUUUUUCUGACUCUAUAUAAGUAAUCAGCAGUAUACAAAAAUCACAAGAAGGAAGAAUGUGUCGCAGCAUAUGACGUAUACAGUACAAUACCACACAUGUGCAUUGAUGUCACUGUUAGCAAAGCCUUUUAAAUUGAUACUGAAUAUUGUUGACACCGUUCAGGUGUCUAACUCAUAAGAAUGUUUUAUUCAUCAGCUGCAUACGCCGUAAUGUGUCGUAUAUUGUUGCCAGAGGUUAGCCACACUGCAGGCCGAGUUAUGCUUUGGUGUAUAACGAGCAAUGAAAAAAAUGAUGUUGAUGUGCUGAAAGGCGUCCCCAUGAAUGCCCAGACCAGUAAUCUUUGCUAUCUGUAAAAGCAGAAGAAGUAUUGAGUGGUACCACUCGAGGCAUGGGAACAAACGAGGAAAGGUGCGCUCGAGAGAAAUAACAUGUACGCCAUGUCUGUUUUAAAUGAUAAACUUUGCUUUCUUUGAUCAUUCUUGCCUCAGAUCUGCCUCUGAUGCAGUUUUUUUUUUUUUUUAUUAUUAUUUUCUUGGUCUGGUCACAGUUCUCUCUGAUGUUGUCACGUGUUGUACAUAGGUGAAAAAAAAAAAAAAGAGUAUUUUACAAAGCUUUUAUGUAAAUAUACCCUAAAGGAUGUGUCUUUUUUCCAAAUGCAAAAGGCUUGGCUUUUUUUGUGAACACUCCUUGGAUGAAAAGCUGUUGGGGUUUUUUUUUUUUUUUUUCUUCCUUUUUUUCCCUUCCGUUGUGUUUUGGUCCAAAGUUCAGUGAUGGUGUAAUAUUGCUUUUCCUAGUCAUUUGCUUUCCCUUAAGAAAACCCAUGCCCUAAGGCUAUUUCACGGCAUUUCAAUGGAGGCAGUAAUUACGGCAUUAAUGUGCCUUCUCUCUCUAUUUUUUUUUUUUUUUUUAAUAACCUCCCCUGUUGUGGCCCAGAGCCGCUGCAGCGGUGUAGACCAUCAAAUGAACUUUUGAUCAAAGCUUAGCUGCUUUGAGCCACAGAAUGUGUCAGAAGAUUGAAUUGUAUUGUGAUGCUGUGGUUUCUGGGAAACGUAGUCAUAGGAUUGUGGGUUCUAGUCAUCGACACUGGACGGGAACAGACAUGUGUAACUACCUAGUACAACUAGAUGUCAGGUCGCAGCUGUUGAGUGGGAGGUAAAGAAAUCUGGUUAAGUGGCAUGUAAGGAAUCAUCACAUCAGUGCGUGUGGGCGUGUGCGUGUGUGUGUCUGUGCAUACAUGCAUGGGUGCGUGAAUACACUUGUCUACAUGAAUCAGGUUGCAUGUAUGUCUGUUGAAUGUAUCUGCACGUACUGUAAGUUAAUCUGUUUGUAUGUUUGCGAUGAUGUGCGCCCAUUUUUUUUUCUUUCUUUCAAAAUAAGAGUCUCUAAAACUCCAAACCCUAUCCUACACUAAAAAGUUAAGUGCCAUUCUGGCAUUUAUUUUAUUAUAAUUUAUUUGUUAAUUUUGUUACCUAUUUAUAAUAAAAUGUGAGUACACUCUCCAUCUCCAUGAUGCAUCGUGUGGCAAGUGAAGGUGAUGAUGACCACAUGCCAAGUAUGAACGUCAGAGUCCUCUGAGUGCACGGGCGUUUCUCUUUUGAGCGUGGUGUGAGUUGGCGAGAGCUCUCACGCUGAGUUUCGGGGUGCGCUCUAAUAGUUAAAACCUGAUUAUGUAGCUCUCGACAGUGAUUAAUUCCCUAGGCUGCAGCACUCCUUGCAUGUGUCUGCCAGCCCCUCCUGUGCCCUCCCCCCUGCCCCUCCACCACCAUUCCCUGCCUCUCAGACUCCACUGGUUUUUAUCUCAGACUAACGUAGUGCUGGCUUUGUUUUCUCACAGUGAGCCCUUGUACCUGCAUAUCUCUAAAGGAUGGUCCUGCCAUGGAGUGGUUCCGCUGCCUGUUACGAUCACUGUAAAUAUGGGAGCACAGUGCCUGGAGGCUAUACGAUUUGUACAUGUUCUUUUGUAUUUGAAUAUGAGUCUAACCCCCACCCCCACCCCAAGCCUUCUUCUCCACCCCUCCCUCGUCCUGCUUUCCCUCUCUGUCUCCUCCAUUAUACCUCAGUCCUUUUUCUGUAGGGGGUAAAAACAGGUGUGUUUCAGCUCAGUGUACAGUAUGUGUCCUCUUUGUCCCCAUGCUCCCUGUGUCCCUUGGACUGUCCCCGCUGAGUGUGCUUUGUGCAGGAGGUGGGAACUAUUGAUGUCUCUCUGUACGUACCUGUGGAACACUUGUGACUCCUAUCAUUGGCCGCUGUAAAUAAACA